AUGUCUAACAGGCUCGUGAAGCUGUCAAAUCGUCACGUCGCUAAUGGGGAGACCCCGAGCAUCGCCGGCAUCGUCAGGCUCGUGCCGGCGACCGGAUGCGACACUGGCCAUAUAAUGUGGCUGCUUGAUGAGCCCAAUCAACCUUAUGAAGAUUGUGAGCAACUUCUCUGCUUUCGCUAUUACAAUGGAGAAGAAGAUGAAUGUCUGGCGGAGUCGUCGUCGCUCGCGCCGCGGUUUAAAGUUGACCUUAAAAAGCUGCCCUUGCGACUUAAAGAGGGCAUGUCAAGGAAGAGAAGCGGUGAUCAGGUCUCACCCUUCUCUUAUCACAAUGAGAGCUUUGAAAUGAACUCGGAGAACACGCCUCGAGUCGAACUUGUCAGCACCAGCCAGGACAUCAAGCAUCUUAGCGAAAACGUCAAUAAAUGCUCAAUUAGCGCUUUAGAAACUAGUGGGACUUUGAAUCUCGAACAAACAAAAUGUGAUGCAAUCAAAUCUCUAGUUAGUAAUAGUAAUGAAUCUCAUUUUGUAAAUAGUGAAUCUCGAAGCGUGUUGGAAUGUAAGCCGACGUCAUCGGGUGUAAAAAAGAAAUGUCCUCCACCCGUGGAUACCGGUGGUGGGCAGUCAUUAAACGGAGUGAAGAAAAAAACUAAUAUGAAUAUAGGCCUUGAAUCUCCAACGUCUCCCGAUACGGAGUAUUAUAAGAUUUGGUCGCCUCAGAAUCCGUGCAAAAUAAUGAAGUUUGUGUAUGACGUCGAAGGUGCUAAUGUGCCAAAUGAUGCUCAAAAAUCUCCAGUACCGCCACUGCCGCCUAGACAAUCACAUAAACCUUUAGAAAGAAUGCACGCCUUACCUCCGAUUGUUCAGAGGCACCGAAAGCCAAAAAAAUUGACAAAGCCUGAGGACGCUUUUACUUUUGAACUUAUAGAUACUGAUGAACAAUUUUUUACUGAUAAUAAUAUUGCCAACUCCGCUGUGCUGCAAGGAAACAUUAAUGACUUUAAGCCCGGAGAGUUUUAUAAUGGUGCACAAGCACCUAUAUCUUCGACUACUAGCUUUUUACGAGAAUGUCAAAAUGUCGCGCCCUUGGCGACUCCAGAGACAGAUGGCAGCUUAUGUGAAUCUACAGUCUCUAUGAAGGUAUCUAAAUUAGUUGAUGAUAAGAAAACAAACGAUGUACCUGAUAGUGCGCAAAGCGUAAGUAAGAAUAGUAUAAUGUUUAUAAAAGAUAUAGGUCCAGAUAAUUAUAUAACGACAACUUUCGCAAGGAAAGAUAAAAAUGCAACGGACAGCAUCCAUUCAACGCCAAAUCAUGCAAAAUCAGAAGAAAAGGCUCAACAUACAUUCCUCAAUGAUAUAAGUAACCAUCAGGAUUUUGAGGACGAUAAUAGGAAUCAAGUUGAAGAGAAAGAAAUAACAGUUUUGAAAGGACAUAAACCUCUAACUAGACAAAGUUCGGGUCGAGCUACACCAACUAUGAUGACUGCAUUUUUAAAUUCUUCUCAUAUUGAAGGGCCCAGCAGGGUUGGGGAAAGAGACGGAAACACUAGUCCUAACGAUCCUAGUUCCUGCAAUUCUUCCCAUUCAACAUCUCCUGUCGAUGAAAGUAACAAGAUCCCAAGCGUUGGCACUAUGAUAAUGAAUCGAAAAUACUCCUGUGAUAGUUCGACACCUAGACACUCGAGUCUGCCUCGACACCUUCUAAAGAAUCUGGGGUGCGAAAGUACUCCUAAACAUUCACCUAAUAAAACAAACUUUUCAAAAGACACACCAGAUAGUCCUAUGAGACCGCAUCCAAGAGUACUGACACGGGUUGCGGCCUUAGCUGGGUCACCAGUUCCGCAAUGUCCGCCAACGCCAACACAUCAUGCAAGAAGGCCGAGACCAUUACCUCCUCCAGACUUGCACCCUCCACCCAUACAGAAUUCAGAAAACAGAGUGCACGAAAACUUCGAAAUGGUGGAAUUUACAAAUGAAUUGAGAACCACAGAGAUAAGAUCUCCGAAUCUUGAAUUCGUGAAUAGUAAUCAUUUUACGAUAGUUCAUGCUGGGCCACCCAAUGAUGUUGUAUUACGGAGGCCGCCAGUAGAUGACGGUGAUGAUAGCGAGAAUGCUGUCGCCUCACCUACGCCCUUAAGACAUAUGGCAGGCAUAAGAUUACCUUCAAUACCGGAGAGGGCAUCGAGACAAAUGGCUCUGACUGGAGAUUUUCCUGCCAAUAUGAUUGGGGGAAUAAUCGAAUGCGAGGAGCCUUUGCCACCUGGUAAGGACACAAUAAUUAAUACGAGAAAAGGAAUAACAAUAAAAAGCUAAUAAAAUAUAUUUUUCACUCAGGUUGGGAAGCACGUAUGGACAGUCACGGUCGCGUGUUCUAUAUCGACCACAUCAAUAGAACGACGACUUGGCAACGUCCCGCUGCUAACGGAAGUGCACCGAGGUCACCCGCUCCAGAAG